UUAGUUUAUUCCCGUGCGCCUUACAAGACGGUGCUAUCUGGAAGUUAUUUAAAAAAAAAAAAAACAAAGUAUCUUUGAAAAGUUAGUGUGCUCUGUGGUCGAUAAUACAUAAUAAACACACACAAACACACACAAAUAAAACAUGUAAAAGAUAUACACAAAAUUCGUAAAUUUGUUUCAAGCUAUAAAAAAAUAUAUUAAUGCUAAUUAGAUGGCUUUUAUGAGUGGCCUUUGGAAUUCCCUCGUUGGCCUCAACGAAAAAGAAGUUUCCUGGCAAGAUAUAAGCCAGUUCUAUUUGGACACGACGAAGAAAUAUUUCUCUGUAUCUGAGGUCGAUAAAGAGGAAUCGCCAACAGUUUACGCAGAGACACACAAAAUAUCCUUCAACAAAAGCGCUUUUGGAUACACGUUCACUCCACUCAACUUUGUGACGAUCUAUCACAUUGAUUCCAGAAAAGCCGAAGUAAAGAUGCCCAGCGGCCACAUUGACCAGCCCGUCAUUGAAGAUAACCGCGAUGGUACCGUCAGCAUCAAAUACGACCCUCGCGAGGAAGGCGUUCACGAGCUCUACGUCAAAUAUAACGGAGAACACGUUCAAGGCUCCCCGUACAAGUUCCACGUGGACUCCAUUUCCUCGGGCUACGUAACCGCCUACGGUCCCGGUCUGAUCAAUGGCGUUAGUGGAGAGCCGAGCCAGUUCACCAUCAGCACGAAGGGCGCCGGUGCCGGUGGACUGUCUAUGGCCGUUGAGGGUCCUAGCAAAGCUGAGAUAACUUGCCACGACAACAAGGAUGGCACCGUCUCCGUGUCCUAUCUGCCCACCGCUCCUGGGGAAUACAAGAUCUCGGUCAGGUUCGGCGACAAACACAUCAAGGGUUCACCGUUCGUGGCCAAGGUGACCGGCGAGGGCCGAAAGAGGAAUCAAAUCUCUGUCGGGAGCUGCAGCGAGGUCACACUACCCGGUAAAGUCAAUGACGAUGACAUUCGCAGUCUCAACGCUUCCAUCCAGGCUCCUUCCGGCCUUGAGGAGCCGUGCUUCCUCAAACGGUUGCCGUCUGGGAACAUCGGCAUCAGCUUCACUCCUCGCGAGGCCGGCCAGCACAUCGUCUCCGUCAAGAAAAUGGGCGUCCACAUUCAGAACUCUCCUUUCAACAUCACCGUCCACGAGCAAGAAGUCGGUGACGCUAAGAAAGUUAAGGUCUCCGGAACCGCUCUGAAGGAAGGCAAGACUCAGUGCGAGAACACGUUCUCCGUGGACACCAGGAACGCUGGCUACGGCGGUCUCUCUCUCUCCAUCGAAGGUCCCAGUAAAGCGGAAAUCCAGUGCGCUGACAGCAAGGAUGGCGUGCUGGCGAUCAGCUACAAGCCCACAGAGCCGGGAUACUACAUCGUCAACCUUAAAUUCGCUGAUCACCAUGUCGAGGGAUCUCCCUUCACCGUCAAGGUGACCGGUGAAGGCAGCAACAGACAGCGCGAGAAGAUUCAGAGGCAUCGCGACUCUGCCCCCCUCACCGAAGUGGGCACCAACUGCAAGCUGACCUUCAAAAUGCCUGGUAUCACAUCAUUCGACCUGGCCGCCACCGUGACCAGCCCUGGGGGAGUCUCCGAAGACGCUGAAAUCCAGGAGGUCGAAGACGGCCUGUACUCCGUCCACUUCGUGCCCAAGGAACUCGGCGUUCACACCGUCUCUGUAAAAUACAGGGAAAUCCAUAUUCCCGGAUCUCCGUUCCAGUUUACCGUGGGUCCUCUACGGGACUCCGGUGCUCACUUGGUGAAGGCCGGCGGUGGAGGUCUGGAGCGAGGAGAAGCUGGCAGAUUCAAUGAGUUCAACGUUUGGACCCGUGAGGCUGGCGCCGGACAGCUGGCCAUCUCCCUGGAGGGGCCCAGCAAGGCCGAGAUCGACUUCAAGGACAGGAAGGACGGAUCCUGCGACGUGUCCUACAAGGUCGACGAACCUGGCGAAUACCGUAUUGGUUUGAAGUUCAACGAGCAGCACAUCCCUGAUUCGCCCUUCAAGGUCUACAUCUCGCCGGCCGCCGGAGACGCUUAUCUCCUCGAAGUGGCCCAGUUCCCGGACUCGGCUCAAGUGGAUAAGCCAACCCAGUUUUACAUUAGGAUGAACGGCGCCAAGGGCAACCUGAACGGGACGGUCAUUUCGCCAUCGGGCAAGACCGACGAUUGCUUCAUCCAGAACAUCGAUGGCGACCAGUACUCGGUGAGGUUCAUGCCAAGGGAGAACGGAGUCCACAACAUCAACGUGAAGUUCAACGGCGUUCACAUACCUGCUUCGCCUUUGAGGAUUAAGGUCGGCAAGGAUGACGCUGAUCCGGCUGCGGUUCACGCUCACGGACCCGGUCUGGGAACAGUCAAAACUGGUGCCAAAACUGACCUUAUUAUUGACACCUGUAACGCUGGAGCUGGCAUCCUCGCCGUCACCGUGGACGGACCUUCCAGAGUCUCCAUGGACUGCACCGAAGUCGAAGAGGGUUAUAAGGUCCGCUACACUCCUCUAUCUCCAGGCUUCUAUUACAUGAGCAUCAAGUAUAACGGAGCUCACAUCGUCGGAUCUCCCUUCAAAAUCGAAGCUACUGGUGGUAAUCUGGCUGAGAUCGGUGCCCAGGAGACCUCGUCGGUGACAGUCGAAACCGUCCAAAAGGUGUCGAAGGCUGCCCAGAAGCAGGGUCCGGUGUUACCGCACUUCAAGUCCGACGCCACCAAGGUCACGAGCAAGGGAAUGGGCCUGAAGAAGGCCUACCUCAACAAGCACAAUCAGUUUACAGUUCACGCCGGAGACGCUGGUACCAAUAUCCUGUACGUCGGCAUCUACGGACCCAAAGGUCCUUGCGACGAAGUCCAGUUGAAGCACAAGGGCAAGAACAACUACGAGUGCUGGUACGUCGUCAGAGACAGGGGAGACUACAUUGUGAUCGUGAAGUGGGGGGAUGACCACAUUCCCGGAUCCCCUUACAAAGUUGAGGUUUAAGGGUUUAGCAGGGCAGCAUGCAAGGCUCUUAACUGCUAAGAGUUAAAUUGCACACUUUAGAAAGUUUGGUCCAACUUAAAACUUAAAUGAUUAUAUCGCUCAUACGGUGCUUUAAAGUCACUUAAGCCAUUUUUAUUAACACUGAACUGACUAUGAGAAAAUACAUUUUUUAAUAGUCAUUAGUGAGACAAGAGAGACGUUUGCUUUUACUGAUAAAGUUUAAAUUUGUAGUUUAAAUUGUAUCAUUUUAUUCCUAUAGUCUAUCUAGCAGAACUAUUUAUUUAUUUUAUUUUAUUUAAUAAGACACGACAAUAAGGAUACAGAGUACAAGGGCACUACUUAUUUCAUGUUGAAAUCUCUUCCAGUAGACCCGCAAAAGGAAAGAAGAAUUAGGGACACAAACCUAGUGCAUACAGUACACAUCACAUAUAAUAAUAUAUACAUAUUACAAGAUACAAAACAAUAUAUAUAUAUAUAUAUAUAUAUAUAUAUAUAUAUAUAUAUACAAAUACACACACACACACAUAUAUAUACACAUAUACUUAGUAUAUAAGAAUUAUAUAAUAAAAUGUUGGAUUUUCCAACGAUUUUCUCCUGAAAAAUUACAUAAUUUGCAUAAGUGACGAUAUCGCACCGCAUGUGCAAUAUGUAGACUUCUUGCAUGCUGCUAUCAUAGAAGUUAGGUAAGAUUUUUCUUUAUUAAUUUUCUGCAUCUGUCCCAUUGAAUAGUUUCUAAAGUCGAAAGUGAAAUGGUUACGUCAAAUUCUAACUGGUAUUAUUUUAACGUGAUCUCUGUUUUAAUUGACACAAAAUCCAACAAAUAUUAUUUAAUUAAAAUCUCAAAAUUUUCCUAUUAUUUGUAAGAAUUGUUUUUUUUUGUAUUUCUAACCCAAUUUUUAUCCAUUUAAGUUUAGUCGGCCAUUUAAAUAGUUUUCGAAAAGUAAAGAAAGAGUAUGCUGUUUUUAUAAAUAUAUAUGUCUUAAUAUAUUAUUUAUUUGUAUUUAUAUGUUUCUCAUUUAGUAAUUAGGGCGACUAAAUGAUAAUACAUAUAAAAGUAUUAUAAUAAAAAUAUUCCCUUUUAAUUGACUUUAAUAUAGGCGCGCCACGAUACAAAUAAUAAAGAAAAACAAUCUUAAAUCUGUUCUUCUUUUUUUUUUUCGAGAAACUUCUACGUCUUUUUAUCUAUGAAAAGUUUCAACGUUAGAGGAUUCUCUUUUGCCACAAGAAGUUUUUCGUUCACUAACUAUAAAAGACAAGAUAAUUCAAUAAAUAGAACUAAGACAAGGUCAGAUCGACGGAUUCAUACGAAUACCAUUUAUAUUUUACAAAAGAAGCGAGGUGUUAGAAAUUUAUUCAAUUAGUACAAAACUCGCCAUCAAAACCAUUGCCUACUAGAUCCAAAGAAGAAUUAUUAACACGCUUGUACUAGCUAACCUUAUCUAACGGAAUCAUUAAAAUUUGGCCACCUCCAAGACAUUAGAUUUAUUUGGAAAAUGUGUACAUUUGUUUGGUACUUAUAUUAUUUUUAUUCAUAAUUAUCGUUACACAUGCGUAUCUAGUAAUAGGAGUGCAUUUUUUUCAAAAAAAUAUUCCUAUCAACUCAUAUUUUCUCGAAUGAAAACAUCUUGAAUUUCUAUAAGGCAUUUUACAAAUACUCCCUCUUUGGUGUUCGGAGAUGCUCUAUUAUGUGUAAAAUUAUAUUAAAAUUUGUCUUUUGUAGUUAAUAACAUUAUUUGUAUCGUCAUUAUAUAUAAUUAGCGAAUAUUUAUUGCUUUUUUUUUUACUAGGUAUAUUUAUUAAAUUUUUCUUGGUAUGAUUUGUGUAUGAUUUACCUACGUAGGUAGAAAGACCCCAGUGUAAUGUAAAUAUCUAUUUUAAGAUUAAUUACGAUGUAUUUUGCGACUGUUAACUGAAUAAAAGUGGAAAGUUCUAGAAAA